AUGGAUACCGAUCACCCAGGCUACAACCAUUUUGGAGCGCCGAUCCCGGAUGAUGAAUCGAAAUAUGACGAUGCAGGGAAAGCAGUGAGCGACUACAUUCCAAACUACAUCUCGAGUAAACCGUGGUACUACGAGGAAGACGCGCUCAAGGUCGACUCGAACCUGCGCAGGAAGCGAGCGGCGGAGCCCGCCUCUGUAGACAAACUUCGACAUCAGCGUCUUGAUCCCGACGCAGAAUUUGUUCCGAACAGCGAGCCUCGGAAGGGCGCAGGGAUCGCGGACGAAUACGAUUUUGUGGCCGAAGAAACUAAAAGACGACGGACGCUGCUCAAGAAGGGAGGCUGCGAGAACUGCGGCAGCACCAAGCAUUCGAGAAAAGACUGUCUGGAGAAACCGCGCAAAAUCAGCUUCAAAUACCGCAAGCAAGAGCCCAAAAGCGGGUCUGGAAAGGUUCUUCGGGUGAAGAAAGACACUCAAGACUGGGAGACAAAGCGAGAUCGAUGGCACGGCUUCAAUAAUGAGGAAGACUACGAAGAGCAUCUCAAGACAAUGCGUGAAAUCGAGCAGAAACGGACCGAGCACACGACAACGCAGGAUUAUGAGUACGACGAGGACGAGCUUGCUGAGAUGGAAGAGUUGGGCAUUGCUGAGAUCUUGGCAAACUCCAAGACCAUGAUCGCUAGCGGUACCAAUAUUCCAACCAGAGCUCUGGAUGAGAAGGCAAAAUAUCUGGAGGGUGUGGGCAUCACGGAGCCUCAGGAGAAAAUUGAAAAGACCACAGUAGACGACAACAAAGCAAAGUUUCUCAGUGAAGAGGGCGAGUUUGUUCGACAGGAAUUUGGCGAAGCUGAGGAAUUUGAAAAGCAGAAACGGUUCGCAAAUACAAAGCAGAAUAAAGAUAAUGGGAAGUUCGUUUUAGGAGAGCCAUUGACCGGCCACAUUGAUGUGGCUGAAGCGCCACCAGCAGCAGAGAGACAGGCGAUGAAAGAGAACGAAGUAGAGAAGGAACUGAUCAGAGAAACAAAGAGGAGACAGUUGCUGGAGAAGUAUGGAGCUUUGUGA